UCUCACAUAAAGCUCCUUUUCUUGCCUCUUAAUCUCAUCGACAGGAUUGGAAAGUCCGGAGUUCCACUCCAAGAUCCCGAGCUUUUUCCCAGUUCUUCCGUUGCAAUCCGCAGGAAUCCCCAUCGGAGGGCGUCGCGGCGUUCUUGCGGUUCUUGAUCCGGGGACUCGCCAAUGCAGCCGGACGGGACCGGCAGCGCCGGGGCCGGCGCGAAUGCGCGGCCGCCGCCGGUAACCGCCGCGCCGGCGCCGUCGGGCCGCCCGGUGUCGGUGCUGCCGCACAAGACGGCCAACGUGCGCGACCACUACCGCAUCGGGAAGAAGCUGGGGCAGGGCCAGUUCGGGACCACCUACCUGUGCGUGGCCAAGGAGGACGGCGCCGAGUUCGCCUGCAAGUCCAUCCCCAAGCGCAAGCUGCUGUGCCGCGAGGACUACGAGGACGCCUGGCGCGAGAUCCAGAUCAUGCACCACCUCUCCGAGCACCCCAACGUCGUCCGCAUCCGCGCAGCCUACGAGGACGCCCUAUUCGUGCACAUUGUCAUGGAGCUCUGCGCAGGCGGCAAGCUCUUCGACCGCAUCGUGGCCAAGGGGCACUACACUGAGCGUGCUGCCGCGCAGCUCAUCAGGACCAUCGUUGGGGUCGUCGAGGGAUGCCACUCGCUCGGCGUCAUGCACCGGGACCUCAAGCCGGAGAACUUCCUGUUUGCCAGCACAGCUGAGGACGCGCCACUAAAGACCACUGAUUUCGGGCUAUCCAUGUUCUACAAGCCUGGUGAUAAAUUCUCUGAUGUUGUUGGGAGCCCCUACUAUGUUGCGCCUGAGGUGCUUCAGAAAUGCUAUGGUCCAGAAGCUGAUGUCUGGAGUGCUGGGGUGAUUCUGUACAUUUUGCUAUGUGGUGUUCCCCCAUUCUGGGCAGAAACUGAAGCAGGGAUCUUCAGGCAGAUCCUUCGAGGCAAACUUGAUUUUGAAUCUGAACCCUGGCCUAGUAUCUCUGACAGCGCUAAAGAUCUGGUCCGUAAUAUGCUUUGUCGGGAUCCUACAAAGCGACUCAGUGCUCAUGAGGUUCUAUGUCACCCAUGGAUUGUUGAUGAUGCUGUGGCGCCUGAUAAGCCUAUUGAUUCUGCUGUUUUGUCAAGACUGAAGCAUUUUUCUGCAAUGAACAAGCUCAAGAAGAUGGCAUUGAGGGUUAUUGCUGAAAGCCUGUCUGAGGAAGAGAUUGGAGGCCUAAAUGAGCUGUUCAAAAUGAUUGAUGCCGACAAUAGUGGAACCAUAACAUUUGAUGAGCUGAAAGAUGGCUUGAAAAGGGUGGGCUCAGAGUUAACCGAACAUGAAAUCCAGGCUUUAAUGGAUGCAGCGGAUAUCGACAACAGUGGAACUAUCGAUUAUGGUGAAUUCAUCGCAGCUACAUUGCAUAUGAACAAACUGGAGAGGGAGGAAAACUUGGUGUCAGCCUUCGAGUUUUUCGACAAGGAUGGAAGUGGAUUCAUAACCAUUGAUGAGCUAUCACAGGCAUGUAGUCAAUUCGGUCUCGAUGUUCACCUUGAGGAUAUGAUCAAGGAUGUCGAUCAGAACAAUGAUGGGCAAAUCGAUUACAGUGAGUUCGCAGCGAUGAUGAGAAAGGGCAACGCCGGCGCGGCAGGGAGGCGAACCAUGCGGAACAGCUUGCAACUGAAUCUCGGCGACAGUCUUUGCCGUUCCAAUCCCGUUCGCUGCCCUGCCCCUCCGAAGGGAUUCAGCACAAGUCUAGUUCCCAUCCCAUCUUGUAUCUCUUCUUCGAAAGCGAUAUUUAUGGAGCUGAGUCCAAUUAGUGCUUCGCUGGGUGCCAUGGGCUCCCUUCCAGGGAAGCUCGGUGAGCUCCUGGCGACCCGACACUGGGCUCUGCGCGGUGUUGUGAUGGAUGAGAUCGAGCAACUGACAAAUGAUCUUCACACCCUACAAAACUUCCUGGUGAAGCUCUCAAAUGCGCAGGACCCUCCUAUGACUGCGAGGUACUGGAUGAAGAACGUGCGCGAGUUGACUUAUGACAUGGUGGACUGCGUCGACCAAUUUGUCCACGCUGAUGCCCGAGCUAAGAUCUGUAGAGCUACUCGCCGUAAGGUUAUUGCUCGGUUAAAGAUUAACCGACUUCCAGAGAGGUGGAAGUGGCGCCCAUGGAUCACCAACAAGAUCUCAGAAUUCAGGACUCGUGCGCAGGAGGCGACUCAGCGAUAUUGGAGGUAUAGGUUUGAUGCUUGCGUCUGCAAUCCUGGAUACUCACGUAUUGGCCAGGAUCUUCCAAAUAUUGUGCCAGAUCCUGAUGAUCUAGUUGGCAUAGAAGGCCCAAUGAAUCAGCUUGAGCAGUGGUUGACCAGUGGAGACGAGCAGCUCAAGGUGGUGUCGAUUGUUGGCGUUGCAGGAAUCGGUAAGACCACUCUUGCCCAAAAAAUGUGGGGUAAGCUCCACGGACAGUUCGAGUGCCGGGCAUUUGUGCGGGCAGCCCAAAAGCCCGAUAUGAGGGGGGUCAUCAGGAGCAUACUCUCACAAGUUCGUCGGCACCAACCGCCUGGCCCUGGCGAUAUGCACCACCUGAUCUGUGAUCUCAGGGAAUAUCUACAAGAUAAGCGGUACUUUGUUAUAAUUGAUGAGUUAUGGACUACAUCAGUAUGGGAUGUUUUUAGUCGUGCUUUUCCAGAGGGUAACUAUUGCAGCAGAAUAAUAAUUACAACAGAAAUUGUGGAAGUAGCUUCGGCGUGCUGUGGUUUUUGCCCUGAGCAUAUAUUAAAGAUGGAAUCUCUUAGUGAUGAUGACUCAGAGAAAUUAUUACUCCAAAGAAUGCUUGUCUCAGAAAAUCAACAGUUCGAUAAUGUUUUACCUCAGAUUAUGAGAAACUGUGGUGGCUUGCCACUAGCAAUCAUCAUUGUAGCAAGUAUUUUAGCAUGCCAACCUGAGAAACUAGAGCAAUUGGGCCGUAUUUCUUUUGGAGCAAAUCAUACCAUGGAAGGGUUUAUGGGACAGAUAUUGAACAUUAGCUUUAAUAGUCUCCCACAUCAUCUAAAGACAUGCCUGCUUUAUCUUAGUACAUAUCCAGAGGGCUUCCUAUUGUUGAAAGGUGAUUUGGUGAAGCAAUGGGUAGCUGAGGGUUUUAUAUGUGUAAAAGAAGGGGAAGACAUGGAAGAAGUUGCCGGGAGCUAUUUUGAUGAGCUUGUCAGUAAGGGCCUGAUCCAAGCUAUGGAUAUCAACUAUAAUUAUGAGUUGUUGUCAUAUACAGUACACGACAUGGUACUUGAUUGCAUUACAUACAAGUCUAUUGAACAGAACUUUGUCACUGUAGUGGAUUAUUCUCAAACAACAGUACCAGUUACUGACAAAGUUCGUCGUUUGUCGCUCCACUUCGGCAGUGCAACAUAUGCAAGUACACCUACCAGAUUACCACAAGUUCGAUCGCUCUUCUUUUCUGGCCUGUUUAACUGCAUGCCUUCAUUCAUGGUGUUUAAGCUUCUUCAAGUUCUAAUCCUUCAUUUUUGGGGUGACACUGGAAGAAUGAGUGUGAACCUUUCAGGAAUUUGUGAACUGUUUCGGUUGAGAUAUUUGCAGGUCACAUGUAAUGUCGUUGUAAAGCUACCCGAUCAGAUUGAAGAUAUGAAAAACUUGCAAACACUGGAAAUAAACGCAGAAGUGUGGGAUCUUCCACCGGACAUUGUUCGACUUUCUAGCUUGUUGCAUCUCCGUGUUCAAGGUGGGACAAAUCUACCUGAUGGGAUUGGCUCUAUGAAAUCCCUACGCACAUUAAAGUAUUUUGACCUUGGCAAUAACUUUGAAGACAAUAUAUGGGGCCUUGCCGAGCUUACGAACCUGCGGGAUCUUCAUCUCACCUAUUCCUCACUAGCGUCUGGUGAACAUUUGAAGAGAAAUCUUAUGGUUCUGGCCGCUACACUCCAAAAACUUAGCAACCUCAAAUCUCUCACUCUGACUGCUAGUACUGCAGGCACGGUUGUUCUCUUUGAUGACACUGGUGGCAUGUCUUCUGCUUCGGUCUAUCUCGAGAAACUUGAGUUGCCACCCAUUUGCAUUUUUUCCAGACUUCCCAAGUGGACCAGACAACUCCACAAACUCCGCAUUUUGGAAGUUGCUGUCAGAGAACUGCUGAGGGAUGAUAUUGAUAGCCUCACAGGACUGCAGUUCCUCACAGUUUUCUCAUUGUGUAUCCAGACAGCUCCCGAGCAAAGGAUUGUCUUUAAUGAUGGGGCAUUCCCGGUUCUCAAGUAUUUCAAGUUUAGGUGUGGUGUACUUUGCCUGGGUUUCAUGGCAGGAGCAAUGCCUAAUCUUCGAAGGCUCAAGCUAGCUUUCAAUACGACAAUCAGGGACAAGUACGGAGAUAUGCUUGCUGGAAUUGAGCACCUUGUAAACCUCCAGGACAUUAUUUCACAAAUUGGGGCAAGCACAGAAUCCGUCAGGAGAGCUGUGGAGGCAGAAUUCAAGGACGCCAUUGGCAAGCAUCCGAUGUGCCCUAGAUUUAGCAUACAAUGGGUGCAGCUAGUUGAGGAAGAAUAUCUUCCUUCAGAGAAACAGCAUCUGAGGCAAGAAAAAUACUCACCAGGUGAAAAUUAUGGGGUUCUAGAGAAAGCCGGAGAUAUGAACAAACAUGCUGAUAACAAGAUAUCUCAAAUUUCCGACCUGCCAAUAACUGUCGCUUCAUGUAGCCUGAAGUCAGUUGAACUUAGUAUUAAACAUCAUGUGCUGGAGAAGAUGCUAUUUGAUGAAAGUGCCAAGCCUGAAAGUCUUGAGUUAUCACUAUUGGAAGACAUCACGACUAAUUUCUCUAAUGAUCAUGAGAUCGGUAGAAAUAGGUUUGGAGUGGUUUACAAGGGAAAUCUUCCAAAUGGGAGGAUUGUUGUUGUGAAGAGGCUUGCAAUUGCAAUUGAUGACGAAGUAUUUCUGGAUGGUGUUGACUGCCUGAUGAGUGUUAAGCACAGGAACAUAGUUCGUUUUCUAGGUUACAAUGCUAACAUACAAGAGAAUGUGACAAAGGAAGGGGGCAAAAGCAUCUGUAUAGGGAUGCAUGACAGGUUUCUCUGCUUCGAGUAUCUAUGCAAUGGGAACCUUCGGAUGCAUCUUGAUGAUGAAUCUUUAAGGUUUGAUUGGCCCAUGCGUUAUCAAGUAAUUAAUGGAAUUUGUCAAGGCUUGCAUUAUCUUCAUGAUAAUUGCAUUACUCACCUAGAUCUCAAACCAGACAAUAUACUAUUUGAUGACAAAAUGGUGCCGAAAAUAGUGGAUUAUGGUUAUUCAAGACUCUGGAAUGAAGAGAUAUGUCCAAUUGUUCCUAGAAACAUUGGUGGAUCGCUGGCAUACAUGGCAACACCAGAAUACUUCGGCGGUGGACCAAUCACACUUAAGUCUGACAUAUUCAGUUUGGGGGUUAUAAUUAUGCAGAUAGUGUUUGGACAAUAUGAAUUGAACUAUUCAAGUAUACCAAGUGUACUUGAAAGUUGGAGGAGUAGGUUAGAGUCAGAUGCAUCAGAACGACACAUAUCAACAGAGACAUGUUACCAGCAAGUUAAAGUAUGCCUUGACAUAGGGAUAAGCUGCAUGAACCAUGACCCGGAGAACAGAUGCAUUACACAGGAUAUCAUCCAUAGGCUUGCUAAAAAUGAAAUUGUAGAACUGUCAGUAAGAAGUGAUGUUGGCAAUUCAUAUCUAGAGCAGAUGACUGUUCAUUGUAAAGAAAUAUUCAAGCCAUUUGCAAAAGCAUUACUGGCACCACCAGUGCACCAUAAGAUUUUGAACAAGCAUUUGGAGCAAAGGAUAGUUAUAAGUGUGCGGAUGCAAUCCGACAAAGCUCGGGACUUAGCGAUAAGGUUGGUGGCACGUACAAAAGGGGUCAAAACGGUGACUGUUACCUCCAAGAGUAAGAACCGGUUAGAGGUGGUCGGUGAGGAUGUCGAUGUGGUUGCCCUGGUGAGCCUCCUGCGCAGAAAGGCUGGCCAUGCCGUAAUUGUGACGUUGGAUCACGUUGAGGUUGCAGAAAAUCUGGCCAUGGGAGAUGAGAUCGAAAUGAUACCCAAGUUUGGCGACUGGAGUGAGCCGUCUUAUUUCACCGGGAGUGGUACCAACUUCAAGUCAUUUAACACCGUGGAUGAGAGCGCAGUGAUGAUACAGCAUUCAGAGGGUUUCUCUAAAUAAAUGCAAGAGCAACUGUAGCAGACUCUGUAAAAGAACUCACACUGCGUUUUCAAAAGCUUCAUGUCAACCGGCUCCUAUUUCAAUCCGUGUUGAACCGAUUGAUAUGUGAUCAAUAAUAAAGUCUCCAGUCCACUGGUGGAAAACAUCGCA